CUGACAUAAUGCCAUUUUGAUCUGAAAGUACAGCGGUGUUUCAUGUUGUCGCAGAUGCUUUUGAGCGUAAAUAUUUGCUUUACAUCUGCAGUGAUACGUGCAUGUUAGAUAAGAAAACGGAGUUAAUACUUCACGUUAAUUAUAUGAUUGCUCGAUUUCAGUUUUCAUAGACCACAUUUCAAUUUGUAGGACCAACAGUGCGAUAUACGCCGUUAGCGCAUUCAUAGCCACAUUGCUAUAGCGAGGUCGUCGUCCGGUGUCGAUGACACAGUUAGCUAACGUUAGCUAGCCAACCUAACAAAGGAACACUGGGAGUGGGACCGUGGUAACCUCGUUUGCGAGAAUAUCUCAAACUCUGUCGUUUAAAUACAAUUUGGUUUAAUCAAGAUAAAUAGCGUCCAUUUCAACAUCUAAACUAUUUUUUGGUUUGUUGCAAAACCUGUUUUUUUUUCGACUGUUUUGUACCAAUCAGUUCGUGUCGUCGGGCAUAGCCCUCUAAACACUUGACUAUCUAACGUAAGUUUGCCAGUGCUGUGUUUUGGGCUAAGAAAAGGCGUUGUGCGUAAAAAUGGCAGAGGUGUACAUUCGCGUGGCCGAAGAAGAGAAUGAGGAGCCCAUGGAGAUCCCAUCCGAGGAUGAUGGCACAGUGUUGCUUUCUACUGUGGCAGCUCAGUUUCCAGGGGCCUGCGGCCUACGAUUCAGGAGUCCAGUUUCGCAGUGCAUGCGAGGGGUCCGUUUGGUGGAAGGGAUUCUUCAUGCACCUGAAAACGGCUGGGGCAAUUUGGUCUAUGUCGUCAAUUAUCCCAAAGACAACAAAAGGAAAAUGGAUGAGAUUGAUGCCUCCUCGGCUGUAAAGAUGAAGAGGGGUGACAUGAAGACUUCAGACCUGAUUGUACUGGGGUUGCCAUGGAAGACAUCUGAACAGGACCUGAAAGAUUACUUCAGCACCUUUGGGGAAGUCAUCAUGGUACAGGUGAAACGAGAUGUGAAGACUGGAAACUCAAAGGGAUUUGGCUUUGUGAGGUUUACUGAGUAUGAAACUCAAGAUAAAGUGAUCUCUCAACGCCACAUGAUUGAUGGAAGAUGGUGUGACUGCAAACUCCCCAACUCCAAGCAAGGUCCAGAUGAGCCCAUGAGAAGCAGGAAAGUGUUUGUAGGCCGUUGCACUGAAGACAUUUCCGCUGAUGAGCUGCGCCAGUUCUUCAUGCAGUAUGGCGAGGUCACUGACGUCUUCAUCCCCAAGCCCUUUCGUGCCUUUGCCUUCGUCAGCUUUGCCGAUGACCAGGUUGCCAGUUCCCUAUGUGGAGAGGACCUGAUUAUUAAGGGGGUCAGCGUGCACAUCUCAAACGCUGAGCCAAAGCAUGGCAGUAGGCAGAUGAUGGAGCGAGCAGGGCGGUUUGGAAAUGGGUUUGGGGCUCAGGGCUUUGGUAGUAACCGCACAGGGUUAGGGAGCAGUGCCGGGAGUAAUAUGGCUAAUUUUGGCAACUUUAGUCUGAACCCUGCCAUGAUGGCUGCUGCUCAAGCUGCCCUGCAGAGCAGUUGGGGAAUGAUGGGUAUGUUGGCUAGUCAACAAGGGCAGACUGCCACCUCAGGCACCACCUCUACUGGGCAGACUAGCUCCACCAGGGAUCAGAGCCAGGCCUACAGCACAGGCAACAGUAACUACGGCGCCAGCUCAGCCAGUCUAGGUUGGGGUACCGGUUCUAAUUCAACAACCAGUGGUGGGUUUAGCUCAGGAGGAUUUGGCUCCAGUAUGGAGUCCAAGUCUUCAGGGUGGGGUAUGUAAGUAAUAGUUUGUAUGGUAAGUAUUGUGAGAUGUCUUUUUCCAAAUCUAUUUCUGGUGUUACGCAUAUUUGAUAGCUAAACUCUUUUGUCAAAUGUUUUUUGUAAAUUUGGAAAAUGCUCAAGAUUUAAUUUAGAAAGUGUUUGAGGUGAAUUAUUAUUUACCAGAGUGUUCAGCUUAAGUGCUACUUUAAGUUUGUCCUGACCUAUUUUCAACUGGAUUCUUAAAGGCAUGUAUUGUGAGUUGUGAUGUUUCUGAAAAUGCAUGAGAAAUCAUCAUCCAUAUAUAUAUAUAUAUAUGUGUGUGACAAUCUUGCAUUGGAAAGAAUCUGGUUGAAACUGAAAUGUUAAGUGCAACUUUAUUUGCAGUCAAGUUCAAUGGAAAAACCUUCACUACAAUCUCUUCUGCAGUUCACUUCUCUUCCAUUUUCCUGGGAAGAAGCUCCUCUUUGGCAGCAUUCUUUGGGUGAUGUCAGUAUCACUCUCCCUCUUCCCAUCUGUAAAUGCUUUGCCAUCAAACAACGGCUUCACUCCGCAUGUUCUAAGAGACGGUGGGUGUUUCAUUUUUUUAUCCACUUUUUAAUGGAAAGAACUGCGCAGCUGACAUUUUAAGAACUCAUGAGUGCGACUGAGGAUGGCUUGUGGCGAAGAGUGAAUCGAUGAGUGAGCGAACGGAGAGAAAAAGAAAGCGUGAAACGGACUGGUUGUGCGAUGAAAGAGCCCAAUUUGACUGCUUUUGUGAGAGUGAAUGGAAGCUGCAGAUGCUACAAGCUCCUUCCCCCUAAAAUGGACUUUCAUUUAGUAGUACUUCAAGAUCUUUUAUUGUAGCAAUUUUUCCUACCCUUAUUGAUAAAGUGCAGAAGUAGUACACAAAUGUAGUGUGGAAUGUUGUGCUGAAUAUUUGUCUUGCUUAUAUAACCUACCUGACCUGAAUGCUGUAUGGUGUGUGUGGUUCUUUCCUUGUUAUUGAUGCUCUGUAAGUGUGAACUUGAUGUGGAUGACACCUGCCGAGGACACUGGGGACGUGAGUGUUGGUGUGAGAGCAUGGAAUGGUGUGGUUGUCAUAUUUCCCAGUGUGAUUCAGUGUGUUUCAAAGGUGUUUAAGACAUGUCAAAUAAGAGUUCUCUAAUAAAACUUUGUUUUUGAAUAGAUAUGCUUAUAUGAAUACUGGGUACGUUUGACAUUUGAGUUGUCGAAAUCUAAUUUAAUUCACAUAUCUAGGGACCUUGGACACUGCUGACCGAGGUUUCCAUCUGAACCCGGACUGGAGUCAGUGUCCUGAAGGAUGAAGACUGAAGUCCUCACAGGCUUGAAAUGGGGUCUCUUAUAUUUAUGGUAACCUAAAAGGAGUCAGAAUGGGGUAGUAAGUUUGGAUACAUUUCUAAUCAGACCUGAUGACAAGUAUUGUUUAUUUGGCUAUUUUAAAAUAACAUUGCAGCAUUGGGUAGAACUAAUCUAUUCUUUGGGACAAGACAAUGAACAGGUUGAUAUUUCAGAUUGUGUACACAAAGGAUAUUACAGCACAUCUCAAUAAUGAAUGGGAACACCUGUUGCCCUUCAAAAUUGUAUUGAACUGGUGUUAAUGUGUAGAUCUGUAAAUACAUUUGGAGAAGACAUUGGAACAGUGCUUACAUUUCAGCCAAUGAAGAUAAUAUUGCUGUACCACUUGGAAUUGUAAUCAAUAAAUAUUUUCUGCAAGUUUG